GCCCAACGUGGCUCGGGAGCCGCUCCUAUAUAUAAAACCGCCUCCCGGCUUCUAAGCGGCCGCCGCCGCCACACCACUCGCCUCUUCCUCCCCGCCGCCGCUCCGCUCGCUCGCAGGUCGCAGCAGCCGCCGGCAAAAUGGCCCCGAAGAGAGGAGGCAAGGCGCCGGUUCCCGCCAAGAAGAAGACGGUGGUGACGAAUCCGUUGUUCGAGAAGAGGCCGAAGCAGUUCGGGAUCGGCGGCGCGCUGCCGCCCAAGAAGGACCUCCACCGCUUCGUCAAGUGGCCCAAGGUCGUGCGCAUCCAGCGCCAGCGCCGCAUCCUCAAGCAGCGCCUUAAGGUGCCCCCGGCGCUCAACCAGUUCACCCGUACCCUCGACAAGAACCUUGCAACAAACUUGUUCAAGAUGCUUCUGAAGUACCGCCCUGAGGACAAAGCCGCCAAGAAGGAGAGGCUUUUGAAGAGAGCCCAGGCUGAAAAUGAAGGGAAAACUGUUGAGGCAAAGAAACCAAUUGUUGUGAAGUAUGGCCUCAACCAUGUGACAUACCUCAUCGAGCAGGUAUCGACAUCAAUUUGGUUCUUCUUAGUGGUAGCAGAGUUUUGCCUUUCACCACAAAAUUAUGUUUUUUACAAUUUUUUUUCCUUUUUGCAGAGCAAGGCCCAGCUGGUUGUCAUAGCUCAUGAUGUUGAUCCGAUUGAGCUGGUUGUGUGGCUCCCAGCCCUUUGCAGGAAAAUGGAGGUUCCAUACUGCAUUGUUAAGGGAAAAGCACGCCUUGGAUCGAUCGUUCACAAGAAGACCGCAUCUGUUCUUUGCCUGACCACUGUCAAGAAUGAGGACAAACUUGAGUUCAGCAAGAUCCUGGAGGCUAUUAAGGCCAACUUCAACGACAAGUUUGACGAGGUCAGGAAGAAGUGGGGUGGUGGUAUCAUGGGCUCCAAAUCGCAGGCUAAAACCAAGGCCAGGGAAAAGCUGCUCGCUAAGGAGGCUGCUCAGCGGAUGACCUAAGACUUGCCCUGUUAAAUUUAUCCUGUACUUCUUAGAUCGUGUGCAAUCAUAUUGUGGUUGUCUGAUCUAGUUUUGAGAGUUUUUCCCCGUGAGACCAUGCUAGAAAGAAGAAACCUUGUAAGAAUUGAAAUUUUUUGUUCGGCGCUGGUUAGUUUAUAUGACCUGACUGCUAUAUCGGUGGUGAAUCUCCCGCUUAUUCUGUGCAAUUACUAGUUUACUACAUUAAUCGAGAUAUGUUAGCCUGA